AUGGUGCUGCCACCGCCUGACAAGCGCCAUGUCUGUCUGACCACUAUCGUCAUCAUGACCAGCAUGGCCUUCAUGGAUGCCUACCUGGUGGAGCAGAACCAGGGACCCCGCAAGAUCGGCGUCUGCAUCAUUGUGCUGGUGGGAGACAUCUGCUUCCUCAUCGUGCUGCGCUACGUGGCAGUGUGGGUGGGAGCGGAGGUGAAGACAGCCAAGAGGGGCUACGCCAUGAUCCUGUGGUUCCUCUACAUCUUCGUGCUGGAGAUCAAGCUGUACUUCAUCUUUCAGAAUUACAAAGCGGACAAGAAGAACCUGGAGACAGUGGCCAGGAAAGCCCUGACCCUGCUCCUCUCCAUCUGCGUGCCGGGGCUGUACCUGGUGCUGGUGGCCUUGGACAGCAUGGAGUACAUACGGACCUUUCGGAAGAAAGAGGACUUGCGGGGGCGCCUCUUCUGGGUGGCCCUCGACCUGCUGGAUAUCUUGGACAUUCAGGCCAACCUGUGGGAGCCACACAGGACCGGCCUGCCCAUCUGGGCAGAGGGGCUCAUGUUCUUCUACUGCUACAUACUCCUCCUGAUCCUGCCUUGCGUGUCCCUCAGUGAGAUCAGCAUGCAAGGGGAGCACAUUGCCCCACAAAAAAUGAUGCUCUACCCCGUCCUCAGCCUGGUCACUAUUAACAUCGUCACCAUCUUCAUCCGGGCCAUCAACAUGGUCUUGUUCCAGGACAGCAGGGUCUCCACCAUCUUUAUCGGCAAGAAUAUCAUCGCGAUCGCCACCAAGGCGUGCACCUUCCUUGAGUACAAGCGGCAGGUGAAGGAGUUCCCCCAGAAUGCCAUUGCCCUGGAGCUCCAGCAGAAUUCCCUCUCCCACAACCAGACCAUCCACAGCGCACAGGGCAUCCCCCACGAGCUGUCACCCACCAGCGAGAUCCUCGACACAUGAGGGAUCACCCCCAGCCGAGUGUUGGUUCAGAUAGCCCCGUACUGAGUGGAGGAAGGAUGCUGCUCUCUUGCUGCGCGGGGCGAGCGCGAUGGACAAAUCCCGGCAGCGAGGGCUUUUCUAGGCACAAAACACCAACCAUGUUUUAAUUGAGCUAUGGAGUGUCCCCUAGAUGUCUUCAUCUCAGGUAUAACCCUAGGAGUCCUCCAGACAAACCAAAUGAACUUGCAAAGGACCUGAACCAGCUAACCCUCUCUCUCCCUCCCGCCACCUUCUCCCCUCCUGAGCAAAGACCACUAAGGUUGCAAUGUCCCUUUUUACUCCUCAAGCACCUCACCUUUACUCCAAGCCUGGAACGAAGAUUUUGUUACCGGAGACCUUUUUAUGGAGUGGGGACAGGGGCAUAGGUGUACGGGUUGGGGGGGAGGGUGGGAUGUUUGAACCAGUAAACCCUGUGAUCAUAGAUGUCUUUUAUCUCCAAUGGUUGUGUUUACAGUUUCCUUUAUAGUGGCUCCCGGGGGCUCCUGGGCUGCCCCGGGGGCCAGUGUCCUUAUGGUCGGUGGCAGGCAAGAGCAGCAAGCCCUGUGGUGGGGAGCGGGGCUGGGGGCUGGCAUG